AUGAUAAGUGACAAACAUGAACUGAACGGCAAGCCGAAAAUAUGUGGCCUAUUUGAACUCAGUGACAUGUUCAUAUUUGUAGCAUCAGCAAAAACACUUUAUGGUGACAUUGAUCCGAUUCUAAUAGAAAGGGAUUUCAAACUAUUCGAUUCCAAACUUCAUUGGUUCUUUGCUCAAUCGCCUCAUCUUGUCUAUUCACUUUUCCUUAGAGAAGCUCUUCAUGCAAGAUGUAAACUAAUCGAAACAUUUGCACGUUUUGCAUCUGCAAAAAACUCUAGUAGUCUCACAAAAUUUCGCACAGAUACCAUGCAGUCUUAUCCAGAGUGGUUCACAGCACUAGAUAUUGGUACAAAUCAUAUGGUUUGGUUCCGGGCGGCGAUAGCCAACACAAUUCCAGCUGCGUUUUGGUCUUUAUUCAACGUUCUUCAUGAUCAUCAAGCACUUACCACAAUAUGCAACGAAGUCAAACAGUUUUUACCCGAAGUGAUCCUGGAUGAGAGAAACGAGUUUGAUGAGUCUCAAUGGUUAAAUGAUUCACUGGCAUCAUGCGUCAAUUUGGAAAGUGCUGCGUGUGAAACAUUAAGAAUGGUCUCACCACCAAUGGUUCUUCGGAUAUGUUUGACUGAUAUCGAUCUCGAACUUUAUGACGGAAAAAUACUAAAGCUUCGUAAAGGAGAACGUCUCACACUUUUCCCAGCUGUAUCUCAUUAUGACGAAAGACUGUUUCCCGAUCCAUUCCAAUAUAAAUUCGAUCGCUUUUUAAAUUCACCUAACCUCGAAUUAGCCGAACAAAAAGUUUCCAUUGCCUAUAGUCCAUUCGGUGGUGGAAAAUCAAUGUGUCCUGGAGGAUAUUUAGCUAAAAACGAAGUAAAAGUAUUUCUGGCACUUGUUCUCCAGCACAUCAAAUGCGAAUUCAUCGAUAACGACAAACUUUCAAGUAGUCAGCCAAAAGUUCAACCUGAAAGAGUCGGUAGUGUUGAUGUACCUCCUCCUCAACAUGAUGUAAAAAUCAAGUACCAAUAUCGAUAG